AUGGUUCUUCAAACGGCAUUGAAUUAUCUUAGUCAGGCAAGCUCUCAAUUUGGACUGUCAGCUGAUCAACAUGCUUUAAUUGGUCAAACUAUUGAGGUUGGCAGUGAAUCGUAUACUGUUCGGUCUUUAAUUGCUGAGGGCGGUUUUGCUCUUGUGUUCGCUGUACAAGAUGUGAGGAAUGGUGAAUGGUUUGCGCUAAAAAGACAACUGGCUCAUGAUAAAGCGACAGCAGAAUCAGUUUUGCGUGAGAUGAGAUUUAUGAAACAAUUGAAUGGACAUCCAGCAAUUGUACAUUUUGUUCAUUCAACGCAACUUGACGGCUCAAAAACUAUGCAAAGGCAUCAGCAAUGUUAUGCCGAAUUUUUAAUUUUGACUGAAUUGUGCUCUGGUGGCCCUCUAAUUGACUAUUUACAAAAGAUGGAAUUGAGCACAGAACAAAUUUGUAAAAUUUUCUAUUCAACUUGCUCUGCUGUUCAACAUAUGCAUGAUCGCAAUCCACCUAUUACACAUAGAGAUAUUAAGAUUGAAAAUCUCCUUUUUGACUCUCGUGGCUUUAUUAAGCUUUGUGAUUUCGGAAGUGCUACAACUGAUAUUUACAGACCUAAGGAUGAUUGGAACGCAUUAAUGCGCUCACAAUUGGAAGAGGAGGCUCUUGGUUGUGUACUUUUCUAUAUCUGCUUUAAAGUGCAUCCGUUUGAAGAUAGUGCUAAACUUAGAAUUAUAAACGCAAAAUACUCAAUAACUAGCAAUUCUCCAUUUCGAAUAUUUCACGACUUAAUUAAAAUAACACUUCAACCUGAUCCGUACUCCCGUCCUACAAUUCAAGAUUUGUGUGAACAGUACGGCCAGUCUGUUAAGUUUUUCGAUCGUGGGAUGAAUUUAAUUAAGACGAUUAAAGAGAAGACUCCAGUCACAAAUUUAUCUGGUUACUUUUUUAACUUUUACAUAUUUAAUUGUAAAUAUUUUUCAGAACAUUUGAAAACUCAAUUGGGAUUUGAAGCAACUCAACCUGACCCAGCUAAAUCUAAUUCAAACCUAGAGAGAAAAGCACCGCCUCCAAGACCUCCUGCCCCAUCUUUAUUUAAAACUCGAACUGUUCAAUUAACACACGAAGAUCCACAACUGAAUUUGCAUCCAAAACUAGAAGCUAUUGCGACAGGUAUGAAUGAUCAUCCUUUCGGAAACGAUUUGAAUAAGAAUAUUGUUGGAGAGAAAAGAGAUGAUGUUUUGAUAUCAGCUUGGGAAGAUGAUGACAACAUUCUUAAUGAAAUCGAGACAGCUUCCAUACCCUCUUUUCAACAAAAAUUAAUUGAUAUUCCGGCAACUAGCGAAACUUUUACAAGCAAUAUUACUUGUUCAAAUUUACUUGACGAAUUCAAUUCUAUAUUUCCUCCAACUUUGAAUCAAAAUUCUUCUAGAAAUUCAGCUAAAAAUAAAAGUAUUGAUGAUUUGCUUAAUUUAGUGGAUCAGGAAAUUACUACAAAAACGGAAACGGCAGCAUCCACUGGACCAUCAAUUCAUCACAACAAAUCCACUCCAGAUUUUUUGUUCAACGAAGAAAACAAAAUGGGCAAUGAAUCUACUACUAAAUCUGCCAAUGAUAUUCUUGAUGAAUUUCUGUCUUCAACAAACUUGUCAUCAAAUAAUCCAGAUUAUUCAAGUAUACAUUUUACAAAAAUAGAAGCCAAACAAACUUCUGAAAAUGUAAAAAAGACGUCUUUAAAUUUUGAUGCAUUUGAUGAUUUACUUUCUGCGCAAGGGUUUAUUUCAUCAUCAAAGCAAUCAAACAAAACACUUUCUGCUAUGGUUAAAGAACGAGAUGCUAAGGGAAUGGAUCCUUUAGCUUUAAAGAUAAAAGAUUGGACGGAUGGGAAGCAAAGAAAUAUUCGAGCGUUAUUAGGCUCUUUAUCUCUGAUUCUUUGGGAUGAAGCUAAAAUUGUUUGGCAACAACCGAGUGUUGCUGAAUUAUUUGCUCCAGACAAGGUGAAGAAAUAUUACAGGAAAGCUUGUCUAGUAGUACAUCCUGAUAAACAAGCAGGAACGAUAAAUGAGCCUCUUGCUAAAGCUAUUUUUACAGAAUUAAAUGAUGCUUGGAAUGAAUUUACAAAAACAGCAUUUUAA